AUGAUGAUAUUUCAAACGAAAAAAAAAGAUGCAUUUUGGAAAGUUCGUCCGUUCAUAGAGAGUGUUAGAAGUGGUUGUUUAAGAUUAGUACGAGAUGUAGAAUUAUGUAUUGACGAACAAAUGAUUCCUUUCACUGGUAAUGUUAAAAUGAAACAGUUUGUUCGCGGAAAACCGAACUCAACUGGACUUAAAAAUUUUGUUUUAGCAAAUAAAAACGGAUUAGUGUUGGAUUUUUGUAUUUACCAAGGAAAAGGAACGACAUUUGAAACAAACAGUGAAUACCUUCUUACUAUUGGAGAAUCUGCUGUCGUUCAUUUAUCCCAAACUGUUCCACCGGGAUCAUGUUUAUAUUUUGAUAGAUUUUUUACAACUAAAAAACUUAUGGACAUUUUGAAACAAAAGAAAAUUUUUUGUACGGGAACAGUUAUGAAAAACAACAUACCUAAAACUAUUGAUAUAUUAUCGGAUAAAAUUCUAAUGAAAAAACCUCGAGGUACUUCUGUACAAUAUGUCCGAGAAGACAAAAAAGUAUGUUUAGUUAAAUGGUUUGAUAAUAAACCCAUUCAUUUACUUUCUACUGAAAAUGGCAGUACUCCAUAUAGUAAAUGCAAACGUUGGGAUAAUAAAAAUAAAAAAAGAAUUGAAGUUCCCAUUCCUCAAAUUAUUAAAAACUAUAAUGAUUAUAUGGGUGGUGUCGAUCUUUGCGAUCGUAUGAUAUCAUUUUAUCGUAUGAAAACAAGAACUAACAAAUGGACCAUACGAGCAAUUUUUCAUUUAAUUGAUUUAGCUGUUGUUAACAGCUGGAUACUGUACAAACAAGACCAAAUAAGAAAGGAAGUUCCAGUUAAAAAAAUACAUCAACUAUUAGAUUUUAAAAUUCAACUAUCAAGUGAACUAUUGGAGUAUGAUGAAAAUAGUAUUGAUUAUCAAAAAUAUUCUGGAAGGCAUAAUUCAUUACCGUCAAAAGAGAAAAGACAUAAAGGUUAA